GUGACCGCCGCCCCACUCCCUCCGCUCUCCGCCAUGGCUGCGGCGGCCGCCGCCGGCUCCCUGCUCCUCGGCUGCCUGCUGGGCCUGGCGCUGCCCGGCGGCCGCGCCCUGCACACCAAGGGCUCCGUGCCCCUCGACUCGCUCACCUUCUACAAGGUAAUUCCGAAGCAUAAAUUUGUCCUGGUGAAAUUUGAUACACAAUAUCCUUACGGUGAGAAACAAGAUGAGUUCAAAAAGCUGGCAGAGAGCUCAGGCUCCAGUGAAGAUCUUCUGGUGGCUGAAGUGGGAAUAUCAGAUUACGGUGAUAAACUGAACACUGAGCUGGGCGAAAAGUACAAGAUGGAUAAGGAGAAGUACCCUAUUUUUUACUUGUUCCGGGAUGGUGACUUUGACAAUCCUUUACCUUACUCUGGCCAAAUUAAAGCCGGGGCUAUUCAGCGCUGGCUGAAGAGUAACGGUAUCUAUCUGGGGAUGCCGGGCUGCCUGAAAGAGUAUGACAUGCUGGCCAGCAAGUUUGUGAGUACCACUGAAAAGUCAGAGCGGCAGUCCCUCCUGAAAAAGGGGCAACAAAGUUUAGAAAAAGCAAAAGAAACUGAGAAGAAGUCAGCUGAGCAAUACUUGAAAAUUAUGAGCAAGAUACUGGAGCAGGGAGAAGAGUUUGCUGCUAAUGAAGUCGUCCGAAUCACGAAACUGAUCGAGAAGAACAAAAUGAGUGAUGGAAAAAAGGAGGAGCUCCAGAAAAGCCUCAAUAUCCUUGCUUCUUUCCUGAAGAAGAAUAACGAAAAAGAUGAGCUCUAAUCUGUUGGAUAACUUCGUACAAGCUGUGAAACACUGUCAGAGUCCUAACCAGUUCUCCUUAAGAAAACUUCCCGCUGUCUUCAAGAGAGCAGCAGAUUUCCUUCUGAUAUUCUGUUAUAAAAUCAAGACAUUCCUUAAAAGUACAGUAUUCUAAAUGUUGGAGAAAUCACCAUAAAGCAAGCUCCCAGUAUUGUGUAAUAUUAUUAAAUAACAGUGUUAAAGUAGACCAAAAAAAAAAAUACUAGAUUGGCCUGAAGCACAUUCCUGGUGGUUUUUACAGAUGUUCCCUGGCAA